AUGGGGAAGAAGAAGGCAUUGGAGGAAGCUCACCAGAUUGUGAUGGGGCCAGAGUCGAGGCUUCCUCCUUUUGAUCUACAGGAGCCGCCGAAGCUCUCCUUAAGUAUAGAGGAUGUUUUUGCUGAGGGGGUGGAGAAGGUGGAUUUCGUCAAGUUGCGUCGGCAGAAGAAUGAGGUGAACCUAGCCAUGCAUCGCUAUGAGGUACCUUUUGUGAACGUCUUCCUGGAAGGCGUGAAGAGUGACCUCGAGGCUCUAGCGAGGACGCAUGCCUCUUCCUUUGCAGAUCGAGCCCAGAAGACGAUCCUUACUUCUGCCUAUGCAGAUAAGGAGAUUCAGAGGUUAAAGAGGCGCAAUGAGAUGGCCAAUGACAAGAUGGCGAAGGCGCAGGAGGCCAUCCGAGAGAGGAACACCCUGCUGUUGCAGAAGGCAGCGCUGGCUAAUGAGGUGGAGGAGCUAAAGCGGUCAAGGGCCAAGGAGAUAGCUGCUGUCCAGGCUGAAGCGAAGCAGAAGAAGGCCGAAGAGAUAGCUACUGCCCAAGCCAAAUCGGUCGAGUCGUUUCGAAGUUCAGAGGAGCUGUGUAGUUAUAUUAUGGACCGGUUAGUGAAUGAGCAGCUUCGUUGGGAGGAAAGACUGGCGAUGUUCAACCCUUCAGUUGAGAUCAAUUUCGAUACGAGUGGCUAG